AAAACCAGAGCCUAGAACUUAAAAAGUCGUCAUCGUCGUCGGCAUCGCCAUCGACAGUGUCGCCCUUUCUCGUCGUCGUCGACAUUGUCGUAGUCCUCGAUUUUGGUCCAUCAAGACAUAUUCGCGAAACGCCGACCAAAAAUUAGCCAAAGAAUUUGCGCGUGUGUGUCGUGGCAUUAAAAUGCAGUCCUUGUCACAAUUUUUUGUUUGUUUGCCAUACGUCUUGUUAAAUAUUAAAAAAUAAAACAAGCGCACUAAAAGCCGCUCUCUUUUUUUAAAUUUUUUUCAUUUGGCAUGUGAGCCCUGAUGCAUAAUUCAGAUAAGUGCAAGUUAUGUUUGGAAUCUGAAGAUUCGUACGUGAGAUAUUAAAUCAAAUCAAAUUAUAAGAAGUACUACAAGCGCAUACAGUUUUGCCAUCUGCUUCUUAACAGUGUGCAAUACCAGGAGUUUCCACCAGGAGUUGACAUUAAAUACAGAUAUGGACAUUCAAUAUUUAUAAAUUAGAAUUGCAAAUAUGUUGCUGAGCCAGAAAAUAUUCCGUGAGCAUACAAAUAUUUUUUGUAAAAUUAAUUAUGAAGGGCAUAAGUCUCUCACUAUCAUGUAAAAUAAUAUGUGCACAACAACUUAAUGAAACGAUGCGAAUUUAAAGUCAAUAACAACAAGAUAUCCAAACCCAUAAAAAAUCAACAAAAAGCCGGAUACAUCUGGUGCCGUUCGGUAAAUCGUUAAACCGUCAAACCGUUGGACCGUAGCGGUAACGUGAACUGAACGCGCGUGUCUUGAAUAAAAUGAAGGUUUGUGGAGUCCAUCAAAGAAAUCUGGUAAGCGACGUCCUCCCGUGCAAAGGAUGAGGCGUCUAAGAGCGUUUAGAGCAUCAUCAUCAGCAUCAGCCGUGGCACAGACGCCUCAUGUGCCAUCGUUGCCCCACCAUCCUCAGAAUACAUUGAGCCUCAUACGGCUGCUAGCUCUUGCCUCGGUCAUUGGUCCGCAAAUUCGCUGUAUUUUCUGUCUAACUCCCGCAUCCGGACUCGCCGAGCCAACACUAGCGGCAGCAAACACAGAGAACAACAGUUCGUAUUUUGAUGCCUUCAGUACCACCCACACAAUAUCAUCGACUGCUUUUAGCGCAGCUCACACGAACACGAACACAAACACGAGCGCAUCCGUAUCCGCAUCCGGAUCUCAAACUUCGGCAGAAACACUACCUCCCCUACCAAUUCAGACAUCCCCCCUCCUUGUCUAUACACCAACCACUUCGACUCGCUCAUACCAACAGUAUCCGCGCAAAACGUCCGUGAGAAUGCAAGCAGGCUCUGAGAGCCUCAGCAGCAGCAGUAGUAGUAGUACGAUCUUCAGCACACCAAUCAAAAACCCCAGCGACGACAGCGACCACACCGAUCAUGCUGAGGGUGGCAGUACAGGCGCCAUGGACUCGAAUCUAUCCGGACUAACGACAGCAGCGACUACGCUUAAGAGUGCUAGAAGCACCAUGAAGGAACCAAUCGAUUCUGCACGUUCGAGAAACCAUUGGUCUUUGGGAGUUACGGACUCUGAGCGACCACGUACGUUUCGCAGCAAACAUCAUCACGAACACCACUGGGGGCCGUUCUUUGAGGAGCCCCUGAACUCGGCUGCUUCUGGGGACAACUUGGUGUCCUCGGCACACCUGUUCACAGAAGCUGUGCUCAACUGCCGCGUUGGAAUGCUCAAGGACAAAACGGUUAUGUGGGUGAGGCGCACCACGGAGAAGGUUUCUCUGCUGACAGUCGGAAAUGUCACCUACAGUGGCGAUCCUCGAAUACGGGUCAAGUUUCAAUAUCCAAACAACUGGCGCCUAUUGAUUAAUCCCACAAGGAGGGAGGAUGCUGGCAUUUAUAUGUGCCAGGUGUCCACACACCCUCCCCGGGUAUUUACUACUAACCUCACUAUAUUAGAGCCGCCAUUAAGGGUUAUAGAUGAGCAUGAACGAGAUGUGGGCGACCGUUACUACAAGUCUGGAAGCACUGUGGACUUGCAGUGCCAAGUAUCGAGAAAUUUUUUUCAGAAGGAGCGAAUAAAUAUACUUAAAUCAACAGAAUCCCAGAGCUCUGUUAAAUAUAGCACAACCCUGAAUGCACUUAAUGAUACAGCCAGUGAUUUAGGCCUCAUCGGCAAUACAAAUCAAACACACACCAAAGUUUCAAGCCAGACACUGGAAAAGUACUUUACUAAUUUUAUCACAUGGGCUAAGGACGAAGAACCUCUACAAGCACUGACCAGUAAACGAUCAAGCGUUUCCGAUAAAUGGCUUAAUAGUCGAAUUUCUAUACCAGACGCCAAACUCUCUGAUAGUGGAAACUAUUCCUGCUCGCUCGGCAGACUUUUUACAGUAAUCGUACAAGUUCAAGUUCUAACAGGUGAAUUACCCGCAGCUGUCCAACACAACUUCGCCCCAAUACGCACGACUAUGUGGCCGCCUUUAUUGUGGAUUUGUUUGUGCAUCGUUUCACUACUUGGCAUAUUUUGAAUACAAAUGGCAUACAUACAUACAUACAUAUAUACAUAGGUUCUCAGCUCAAAGAUGGGAAUUUGGUGUCAGACAACUCAGAUAUACAUACACAUACAAACAUACAUGCAUAGUAAAUGAAUAUAUGGAAGCAUUACUACAUACAUACCUUAACUCUUCACACUGUCUAAAUAGCAACGGAACGACUUGUUAAACGAUUUCAUACAUAUAAUGGAAUUUUAGAUAUCAAUUUACAUGAAUUUACAUUUAUGUAUGAUGUAUCGUGUCAUCCAUUUUCUCCUCGAUGUAGUAAAGUUGAACAACUCUAUUGUGGGGGUAUAUACUAUGCAUACAUACAUACAUAAGUAGUAAAGCCGACUCAUCGUUCUAUUUGAAUAUAAUGCAAACAAAAUAUACAUAAUUGCAUUAUGUACACCUUUAUCAGAGACUCUCCAAAUAUGCAAGUGGAACUACAUCAUACCUAUGUAUGUACAUACAUACAUAUACUCGUAUGUACUCGUAUGUAUACCGAUUUAAGGAGGAAUUGAAAAGGAAUGUCCGGGUUUCUUUCUUUAACAAUGGAACGAAAAUAUUCACUUAAAUACACAUUGCUCAUCGAGUCUCUCAUAUGUAUUUGUUUAAGUUGUUAUUAAAUUAUUUAUAAUUUUUUUUUUAGAAAAAAUUACAAGCGUCACUAUUUGAUGCGUUAAGGCAACCUUCGACACAAAUGUGGAUUAUGUGUAGUUAAAUCAUUGUACAUAAUUAAGUUAUUUAGAAAAUUUAUUUGGGGGCAACCAACUUGAACGGAUCAAUGAAACUAAAAUCAGCCACCAAUAUUGUUAAACUGCACUUAUUGUG